AUGGAUGCACAAAUCAACAUCAGCCAUAAUGGAAUCCUGGCAAAGCCUUUUCUGUGUUAUGAGUUUAGUAACGCGUCUUGUCAGAAGUUUGUCUAUCCUUUGGAAACUCGAAUAAUACUCUACAUCCUUUUUAGUGUCUCGUCGAUUGUCACAAUCAUAGGAAACCUGUUGGUGAUCAUUACGGUCAUUCAUUUCAAGCAGCUUCACACACCAACUAACUACCUCAUCCUGUCGCUGGCCGUGGCCGAUCUGCUUGUAGGAGGAGUUGUGAUGCCUCCCAGCAUGCUGCGCUCCAUCGAGACGUGCUGGUAUCUGGGAGAUUUGUUCUGUAAAAUACACAGCAGUCUUGAUGUGACUUUGUGCACUGCGUCAAUUUUAAACCUCUGUAUCAUUUCUUUAGACAGAUAUUAUGCCAUAUGUCACCCCUUUCAAUAUCACAGUAAAAUGACAUCACUGGCCACACUAGUUAUGAUUAUUAUCAGCUGGACUGUUUCAGCUGCUCUGGGGUUUGGCAUGAUCUUCAUGGAGCUUAAUAUUCUUGGCAUUGAAGAUUUUUACUAUGAGAACAUAGAUUGUGAUGGAGGCUGCUUUGUGUUUCAGAGUAAAGCUGGAGCUAGUGUAUUCUCAUUAAUCUGUUUUUAUGCUCCCACUUUUGUCAUACUCUGCAUGUAUCUGAAAAUCUUACAUGUGGCUAAAAGGCAGGUGCAGGCCAUUCAGAGUGUGAAUUCUGAAUUAAAAAAAGAGGGAAAAGCCACUAAGACUUUAGCCAUCAUCAUGGGGGCGUUUCUGACUUUCUGGACACCUUUUUUCCUUUGUAAUCUUAUAGAUCCCUUCACUGGGUAUUCUGUACCUCCACUGCUGUUUGACUUGUUCCUGUGGGUCGGCUACUAUAAUUCUACAUGUAAUCCCAUAGUGUACGCCUUCUUUUACAGCUGGUUCAGAAAUGCAUUCAGAAUCAUUCUAUCCAAAAGAGUAUUUCAGACUAAUUCUUCAAGAACAAUGCUGUUGUAA